AUGCCACCCGAUAGGAUUCAUUUUGUUCGGCCUUGCAUACACAGCAUAUCUCAUAUUCCUUCCGAAACCACUCACCUUGGCCCUUUUAUCAUUUUCUCUCAAUGGGUUAUCGAAUGCACGAUAGGGAACCUUGGUGAAGAAGUAAAAAAUCAUUCCAGCCCAUAUGCCAAUCUCGAGCAGCGUGGCAUUCAUAGAUGUCAGGUAAAUGCUCUAAAAGCACUUAUACCAGACCUUGAAACACCAGAGAACACCCUGCCUCGUGGUGCAAUGGAUAUUGGUGAUGGAUUUAUACUCCUCCGAGCCAGGGACUGUACAGCCUGGGUCCUUACAGAGAAGGUGCAUGGUGCAUGGAAGGAAUUCUGGAGUAGGCAAGAUGGUGUGUUGCAGACAGAUCUGACUUCACAGUGUAAAGUGGUCUGGUGGGCAAAGCUUCGACUUCCAAAUGGUCAAACAGCUCGUUCAUGUUGGAAAGAAGAAAAGAAGCAACUUAACCACAUCCAAACAUCACAAUAUGUUAAAUUUCAGCUCAACAACAUGACACGCAUUGGAGAAGUACAUUUUUAUUUUGCAGAUCAUAUUGCUGGCCAAACUCGACAUCUCGCAAUUGUCUCUUUGUUUGGACUACCUCAUUCCAGUCUUCUCACUGCAUCAAAACAAACUUACAUCACAAUGGAAAACUUUCGUGACAUUGAUGUCCAUGUCAUUGAAGCUAAGAGUAUACAUUCUGUUGUUAUCAUGGCAUCUGGUCCAUGUUACAAGCGUACUUAUCAAGAUGGUACUGAAACAAACCACUGGUUCAUGUCCAUAAAACCAGGUCUCAAAAUUGUAGCACUUCAGGGAUACAAUGAGGUAGAGAAUGAGGUCCUAGAGCAGGAAGAGGUUGGUUAA